GUGUCUUGUGACUCACACACCCACUCUCUGGGGCCAGGAAGUGGCAAGAAGAGGAAAUGAUUGGUGCGGCCUUUCGUUCCCUUCCAGAUGCUCGGCAUGCCACACUCCAAGGGCUGUGAAGCAGCCGCCAUGAAGUUCAUUUUUUUUGUCCUACUCGCCUUCCCAUGUUUCACAGAUCCUGUGGUUGGCCAAGUUUCAGAAAGUUCAACUUCGAUUGUUCAGAAGGAAGAAGAUUCCGAAGGAUUUCAAACCACAACAGAAUCUUUUGUCAGUACUGUCGGGGUGUUAACAAAUGAAAUCCACAGUCCAGAAAGUAUAACCUCUCUGGAAGAGAAUGUAUCAACAAGCGAUUAUUGGUCCUUGCGCAAGUGGGGUUUAGUAGCUGCUGCCAUCCUUUUCAUCUUGGGCAUUCUCAUUCUUACCUGUGGCAAAAAUGGGAAAUUUCCACGAUGCCGAGGGAAAAAGCAGGCAAGAACAUACGAUGUGUCUCGGGCUUGAAAGCCUCUUUGCCAGAAGCCUCUAAAGACUGCACUGGGAAUGCUUUGGCACCACCAGGGGGCAUCCUUAUGGUGAAAAAAAAAUGUUUGGUGUUCUCCCAGAACCAUCUUUCUUCUAUCUGACCUUUCCAUUUGUGCUUAUUAUGAUCCUGCAACACAAGUCCAUUUGUAUUGCCCUCUCCCUAAAUUAUCUUUUUGUUACAUUGAACUAGUUCCUUGGCACAAUCACAAGGCCUGGAAAUCCAUUGUUCCUUUCUUUGCCUGCCUGAGGCCAGGGCAAUGUGUAUAGUGACUAUUGUUCUUAGUUGCUUAGCAAAACUUGUCUAUCCAAAUUCUCUGCCAAGAAAUCUCAAGUUCUGUUCUCUCAAUAAAUUUUUGGCGUGGUUUGUUGCUUCUAAAUUUCCU